CUAAAGUCAUAAAUUGAAUAAGCAAAAUGUCUGAAAGUAAGUACGUGAAGUGCUGUUUUUUCAAAACAAGCCUGGAAAGUGGUCUGAAACAUGAUUGGAAAGAAAUGGGAUGGAUGUGGAUGUCGGUGAAGCUGCGAUUUGACUCUCCCUCAGAUGGAGGUUUAGUCCACAGGAGCCGCUCCUUCACCGGGUUCAGCUCUCUAACUGGACGACGACGGCCAUCCAAUGUUCGUAACUCUCUCCGCUCCAAAGCCAUGGCAGAAGGUAAAUCUCCCAGGAUGCACCUGUCUCAGAGCAGAGGGGGUGGAGCUAUCUUGUCUCUGCAGCCAGACCAGGUUGACCAGGUCUUCCAGGCGCUACGCAAAGGACUCAAGGAGUUCCUGGAGGGUCACCAGGCAGAGAUGGACUUCCUGUCUUCACAGCAGAGAGAGACCAAGAGAAACUCCCGACUGGCCUUUCUGUAUGAUCUGGAGAAGGAGAUAAGAGCAUUGGAGAGAUACAUACGAAGAUUAGAAUUUCAAAUCAGCAAGGUGGAGGAGCUCUAUGAGACGUAUUGUAUCCAGUGGAGGUUGUGUCAGGGAGCGGUCAACAUGAAGAGAGCCUUCUCACUGUCCCCGUCCACCAGAGCCUCCAGAGAGAGUCUGCUGGAGCUCAAUCGCAACCACAGACACAGCCUGCAGGACAUGUCAGUCAUGGAAGGAGAGUUGGAAAUCCUCCUCGGAGAGCUGCACAUCAAAAUGAAAGGUCUGAUUGGCUUUGCUCGACUCUGCCCCGGAGACCAAUACGAGGUGGUGGUGCGGUUGGGCCGCCAACGAUGGAGGAUCAGAGGGAGGAUUGAAUCAGACGACACACAGUCCUGGGACGAAGAGGAGAUGGUGUUCCUCCCGCACAUACACCGCAACUUCGAGAUCAAGGUGAUGGAGGCGAAGGGUUUGGGUUGGCUGCUGGUUGGCAUGGUGACAUGCGCCAGCGCAGACUUCUUUGUGGUGAGGCCUCAGCUGAUGUUGGUGGACAUCACGGAGCUGGGAACCAUCAAACUACAGCUGGAAGUCACUUGGAAUCCGUUUGACAGUGCUGAGAAGAUGAGGCCACUGUCUGUCAGCAGGCAGUCAGUGUCCAGUAGAAAGAGCUCUGUUUACAGCUGGACGGCACCAAGCACCCCGUCCUUCACUGAGAAAUACUUUAUAUCGAUGGUGCGAGAGCUGCAGGAUCGAGAAGGUUCCCUCCCGUCUCUGGUGUCUAAAGGUCAACAUAACAGAGGAGGUGUGUCUCUGCUGAGCUACCUGUCCAACCCAUCACACAUCACAUCACCCCUCAGCCCACAAAGCCCCUACACCCUGAGUCGCAGGCGGACUCACAGCUACCCCUCCAGCCACAGUCAAGGCACCAGUCUGGGAGGAAGCCAGACUCAGCUGUCCCUCGGGGAGGAAGGAUCCCUGGAGGUCUCCACAGAGGAGAGGGAGGCGGGGAAGAAGACGGAUGAGAAGGAUGGAGAGGAGGAGUGGGGAAGUGCGUUAGAUCCUCCCUCUACACCAGCAGACAGUAAAACCGGUUCCCUGCUGGCUCUACAGAUGUCCAGCACUCCUGACAUCCUCAGAAAGAACACAGCUGGCGAGCCAGACCCAGAGACACACAGUGCAGCUCAGGGACAGGACAAUGUCACUGUUCAGGACUCCCCACAAUGUCAGUCAUAUUCUGCCCCUGCCUUGCCCACACCAACUACUCAGCCCCCAGCUGUAACACCUUCCUCACCCACAACUGCUGCUCCGACCGCGGGGAGGCCGGUGGUGAGCAGUGUCCAGCGCAGAACCCAGGCUCUCAGGCUGGGAGUCCUGAUCGCAGAGCUGGAGAAGAUGUUUCAGAACCAGAGCUGCUCUGAGAAGGAGCUGAGAGCCCUGGAACACCAGACACUGCACCUGGCAACCAUCCUGAAGAACGACCUCUCCAUGUUGAAAAGCUCGUCAUCAGAGGAGACUCUGGCUGUGGAGGAAGUCCUGGGCAGCUUUGACUUCUUGUCACAUGACUUCAACGCAGAUGAUGACACUUCCUGUUUGGGCAGCCUCAGACUAAAAGACAGUGGCAUCAGCUCAAUCCAGCAGAGCACUCUGAGGAGUCUCGGCCUCCUCUCCCAGAACAGCCAAUCAGCUUCUGAGGAAGAGUUGGUCUUGGCCCCUCUGACUUCUGGGAAUUGGGGUCUUGACCAGGCUCUUGAGACUCACCUGGAUAUAAGUUGCAUCCUGCUACAGAUGAUGAGAACGACAGACUUCAGCCCAUCCAGGAAGGAUCUGCUGGAGGAAAUGGCUCUCCAAGCUGAAGUCCUUGACAGAGUCAGCCGUCUGCUGCUAGAGAAGAACGACACCAUCUCUGCUAGUGACAUCCUCCCAAAGGCCCAGAGAACGAGGGAUGUGCUGUUGUUCUGGGAGGAGUGUGUGAACGACAACAGCUCUCCUUUCUGUUGCAGCUCUGACCGCUUCUCCAGGACGUUAAGGAAACGUUACACACACAAGGUGAAGGCUAAGCAGCCCGGCCAGUCUGAAAAAGUGUUUUCUAAGCUCCUGCAGCAUGUCCAGACGGCCUGUCGGAUGGUGCCCGGCCCUCGGCCAAUCUGCAGCCCAGAGAGAGUCACCAUCUUCCAGCUGUCCGUUUAUCUGAAACGCUGGAGCACCCAAGAGCUGGGGGAGCACAUCUCACGCCUCUCCAAAGAAGAGUACAUCCUGUCAUCCCUGAGCGGCCCCAAAAGGAGGCGGGCUUUAAAUAAAUUGAGGGGGCGGUGCAUCUCAGGGCUCCUCCCUCUAGGAUGCACGCUGCAGACUCUGGCCGCCCUGCAGAUAGACUCUAACCACAAAGUCUGUAAAGCUGCUGCCAACUGUCUCUGCAGAGCUGCAGGCUGCAAGGCCUUCAGGAGCAAGGCGGUUGUUUACUACACCGAGAGUUUGAAGAGCAAUGAUGUUCAAAUCCAACAAGGCUCCUGUCUGGCUCUUAAAUGCCUCAGGGCAACAGAGAGUGUGGACCACAUAGCAGAUUUGUGGAGAUCAGCGGAUGAAGAUCUCCGCAGCGCUGUCAGAGAGACUGUCCUCUCUUUUGGUAAAAAGGGCUACCUGGCCUUCCAGAGGAUGGAUCAGCUGUACGCUGAGAUGCAGGAGGAGGCUUAUCAGAACCAAGAGACAGAGAUUACCAUCCUAUAGGAAACAAGUCUGGGCUUAAAAAUAAGCAGAGGGUCUCUUUCCCCCCGAUAAGAACAGUCUCUAUGAUCCGGAUGUCAGGGCGAGAGACCUAAAUUUAAACUCUCUGGUUUAGUUUGAAGAAAUCUGUGGUGCCUUCAUAACAAAUACCAAUGGGACGAGUGCAGAGGAAGAUCUAAAGCUGGUGACUCUAGCUUUCUCUGGAUGGAUCGCUUGCUCACUCACUGAUGUUUUUUUUUGCUGCAAACCUCUGAUUUUCUUCACCCUUUGACCAGAGAAGUGACUCGACUGGGAUCUUGAAUUUAUUUUGGUCAAAUGUGCAGAGUUUUGUUUGAAGAAGGAGUAGCUCCUUUCUAGUUAUUUAACCUGCUAAUAUGCUUUUUGCCAUUUUAUUUCAUAAUUUCUUCCUUUCCAGUGGUUGGACUUUCAAUGAAGUCAACACAUCUACAUGGUUUUCUUAUUGGAAAAUGAAUGAGAAUGUUUUUUGUUUUUUUUCUCAUAUAAUGAGCAAAGAUGCAAAUUUUCAUAUGAACAUUAAACCCUGAGGGACUGAAUAAAUCCCUCAGUACAGUCCUGAACAGUGCUUCUUCUGCCUGUGAGAGUUAAGUUUCAAUAAUCUUACAGGAGAAGUCAAAUCUACCUGUGGCAGGUAACUUUUUUUUUUUAAUCUGAGUUGCACUUACUUUCUUUAAGUUGGCCAGCGUUUGAAUGCUCAGUACAAGGAACAUAAAAUGGCUGCUGAAAUGUUUCCAUUAACAGGAACUGUGAUAUUCAGGGACACCAAAGGAUUCUAGUACAAACAACUCCGGCAGGCGGCAAAAAAGGAUUUAAGAGGUUUUACUCUGCUUACCUAAAUCUGUUCCUUUUUGUCAGCGAGUUUCCUGCUUUGCAGACGACAUGGGUGCAGCCGCUGGGUUUCAUGGGCCGAUGAAAGUCUGUUGUCAUUUGAGAUGCAUGGGUUUUUAUUUGCAUUGAUUUAGCCUGAAGGAGGCAACACAGACAAGUGUUUGACUUAAAUGUAUGUCGUAUUACUGCUUGAUAAAGAAUAGUAACACUUUAUAAUAAAGGUACAAAACACUAAUGCAUGCCUUGUGGUUAUGUUGUUCAUGAAUUGUGGAUGUGCCAUGAGUUCCUGUUGCUCACCAUUAAGAAAUGAUCAAGUUACUGUAAGUUUACGUAAUUAGUUAACAGGUAAUUCUUUAUACAUGCCUCCAAAUCCAGUUACAAGGGCUGUUUAUAUUCAUUAUCAAUCAAUCUUAUCUUAUUUUGUGUUUUAUAAUUGUGAAAGAUUUCCAUCUCCAGUUUCCCAGAGCUAGAUGUGAUGUCUUCGAUGUCUUAUUUUGGCCGAUCAACAGGUCAAAGCCUAAAGAUAUUCAGUUUACUGUGAUAUAAAACUGAGAAAUGCAGCAAAUCCUCAUAUUUAAAGAGCUGGGAGCACCAUAUUUUCGGCAUUUCUGCUUAUUAGAUUAUCUGGAUGGACAAUUUGCUAAUUAAUUUCCUUUCAGUCGAUUAAUUGAAAAGGCCAUUUCAGAUCAAUGGAUUUGAUAUCCUCUCUGAAGCCUUUUUAUCAAACAGGAAUUCAUGAUGCAUCCUGUAUUAAUCCAUGCAUUACUAAAGCAUGUGUUUUGUACCCAUAUCGUUAAGUGUUAACAACUGUUUCUUCAUCAUGCUCUUCUUUGAAAAAUACUUCCAGGUUUCUCACACUGUCAGUCUGUUUGGCCUCAGCUUUCUAUCACACAGGCAGGUGCUGCCCUCCGCUGGGAGGAAAACAGAACUUUUGGAAGGGCCCUGACCUGAGGAUGCUUUCACUUGCCACAGGGUAGAUUUAGCUGUGGUAAAACUGACCUUGGACCUCUCUGACUGGGAUAUUUAAGGAAUGUUUGUGAGGUCAAUAAAAUGGCAUGGGAAGAAGAUGUUAGUCAGCUUUUUAAUCUGCAAAGUUAAGGAGACAAAUGUGUUUUUCCUACAUCCUUGAUGGCUUAAUUCAGCUCAACUAUGUGUCACGUUCUAGGGAGGUUUUUGGUAUAGAAAAUGUCCUAGAAAAACGUCAUGCUGAAGUCUGAUCAUUUACUUCCCAUAUUAUUUUAAUAAAUAAAGCAGGGGUUAAAAUUUCUCGGCGUAGCAGCGCUCUCGUGUUGGAAAUCAUGUCUUGAAUCUAUUCAAUCACGGCAUCAAAAUCUCACAAGGGAUGACAUAAUGUAAAACAGGAAAGACACUGUUCAUUUUUUCUUUUAGAUGAUCGGACGCAGAGUCAGAUUAGCCAAGAAACACGAAACCUUAAAAAUGUUCACAAUAUAAAAAGCUUAGCCUGGUUUGGUUUAGCCCCCUACUAUAGGAGCAGAUGGUUCAAAUAUUUAGUAAAGAUAAUUUUCAACCAUGUUAACUUUCCUAUUUUUUUGGAAUAGAUUUGACUCCCAGAAUUAGAGACUGAAUACCAGUAUUUGCUUUUGUUUGAGGCUACAGUAGCUCUGUUUAGUAGUUUUUUAGCUGCUGUUAAAAACUCAGUUUUAUGAAAGGAAAAAGACAAGAGCAGUAGUGUAGGAACGUGGAGUUGAGGGAGAUUUGUAAGAAACAACAAAAGGAAAGACAACAUGAGGGUAAAGGAGGUAAGGAUGGACAGUCUCUGUGAGGCUGUACGCACAAUCACCGCUUUUUAACUAAAUGCAAAGGUCAACAUGCUAUUUCACUCAUGGUGACCUGAGACACAAAGUCAGAGGAUCACCAAAGUUAGUAUGAUUCAUCCUCUGGGGAACAUGAAUGUCUGUACUAACUUUCAUAGCAAUCCGUCUGACAGUUAAUAUUUAGUUUUUGACCAAAGUGACUAAAAACAUGAAUUCUUUUGUUUUAACAUGUUUUUCUGCUCAUCUGCGCUCACAUGACUAGAAACACCAGUUACCUGUUGUUUUGUGGGAAAGACACCAAAGUGGUUACUUGCAUUAUUAGCACACAGCUCAGGUUUUCUGCUGAUUUGUUACGUCCAGUUUGAUAUUCCUCAUGUCUUCAAUAAGUAACACUUAAACAGGGAAAUAACAAAAUGCACAAAAAUAACAUUGUCAAUACUGGUCCUGUGUUUUUUGUUUGUUUUUUCUACAUGCGGUCCAUCGUGUUCAGCAGGAGUUUGUACUCAUCUACCUUAACUUUCUGACUUUAGGAGACUUGAGACUUUUAUUUCUGACUUGGUCCCAGCUAUGCAUCAAACUGUGGUUCUAAAAAUGAUAUUGUUUUGUAACUGGAUAUAUAUAUAUAUAUAUAUUGCUUACAGAUGUGUGUAUUAGAGACUAUACUGCCCUUCUUUGCAUUUAAUACUUACAUGAGAGGAAGCAUUUCACUUUUGUGCGCAUUAAAAGGACUCAACAUUCA